AUGGCCGAGAAGAUAAACCAACAGGCAGACGGGUACACAAGAAGUGACGAAGAAUCGGCCACUUCACAAUCCAAAGAGCUGAAACGCAAGAAGAGGAUCAAAUUGGCAAUAUAUAUUGCUAUCUUUGCAGUGUUUCAGAUAAUCGUUAUCACUGUUUUUGGAGCUGUUAUUAUGCGCGCUAAGUCUCCUAAGCUUAGGCUAAGCAACAGUAAUAUCGAGUUUCAGAGUCUCAACACUUCUGGAUCACCAUCACCUUCUUUCGACAUAAACUUCACCACCCAAGUAAGGGUCAAGAACCCCAACUUUGGGCCCUACAAGUUCGACAACACCACCGCCGUCGCCACCUACGGCGGAACCACCGUAGGACAGUUUACCAUUCCCAAAAGCAAGGCCGGGUUCAAGUCUACUAAGAAGAUUGAUGUGAGUGUGAAUUUGAGUUCGUCCCAGUUGACAAACACUGCAGAUCUCGGUAGAGAGUUGACCACUACGGGAACGUUGACUCUCAGAACCACCGCGACGAUGAACGGAAAAGUUGAACUGAUGUGGAUCAUGAAGAAGAAGAAGUCGGCCAACAUGAAUUGCACAGUUAUUAUUGAUGUCAAUGAGAAGAAGCUCCGAUCUUUAGAAUGCAAUUAA